AUGGCGGAGAAGAAUGGAAUUAUGGUGAUGAUGGGGUGGUACGCCGUCAUUUUGGUCCUAGUGUGCUCCUCCAUUCCGGUGAGAUCUGAUGCAUCGGAUCAUAGGUAUAAAGUUGGAGAUCCUGUGCCCCUUUAUGCUAAUAAGGUUGGACCUUUUCACAACCCCAGCGAAACAUACCGCUACUUGGAUCUUCCUUUCUGUUCCCCAGCUCACAUGAAAGAGAAGAAGGAAGCUCUUGGGGAAGUGUUGAAUGGGGAUCGUCUCAUAAGUGCCCCAUAUAAACUUGACUUUUUGCAAGAUAAAGAUUCUGAAAUUGUUUGCAAGAAGACAUUAACCAAGGAAGAAGCUGCACAAUUCCGAAAGGCAGUUGCAAAAGACUAUUAUUUUCAAAUGUACUUUGAUGACUUGCCCAUUUGGGGUUUCUUGGGGAAAGUGGACAGGGAAGGAAAAUCUGACCCCAGCGAGUACAGAUAUUAUAUAUUCAAACAUCUCCAUUUUGAGAUCUUUUACAAUAAGGACCGUGUCAUUGAGAUUAAUGCACGAACUGACCCCAGUGCCGUUGUAGACCUUACUGAGGAUAAGGAAGUUGAUGUGGAGUUCAUGUACUCUGUGAAGUGGAAGGAAACAAACACUCCUUUUGAGAAGAGGAUGGAAAAGUACUCACAGUCCUCUUCAUUACCUCAUCACUUGGAAAUCCAUUGGUUCUCAAUAAUCAACUCUUGUGUGACAGUUCUUCUCCUGACUGGUUUUCUGGCCACUAUUCUUAUGCGAGUUCUUAAGAAUGAUUUUGUCAAGUAUGCUCAUGACGAGGAGACAGCUGAUGACCAAGAGGAAACUGGUUGGAAAUUUAUUAAUGGUGAUGUAUUCAGGUAUCCGAAGUACAAAUCCUUAUUUUCCGCUGCCCUUGGUUCUGGAACCCAGUUAUUUACCCUCACAGUAUUUAUUUUUAUCCUUGCACUAGUUGGUGUAUUUUAUCCAUAUAACCGUGGAGCUCUAUUCACUGCACAGGUUGUCAUUUAUGCUCUUUCAUCUGGGAUUGCUGGCUAUACUGCAGACUCUUUCUANGGAGCUCUAUUCACUGCACUGGUUGUCAUUUAUGCUCUUACAUCUGGGAUUGCUGGCUAUACUGCAGCCUCUUUCUAUUGCCAACUAGAAGGAACAAACUGGGUUCGGAAUUUAUUAUUGACUGGAAGUCUAUUUUGCGGACCACUAUUUUUUACAUUCUGCUUCCUUAAUACUGUUGCAAUUGCUUACACUGCCACUGCAGCACUGCCAUUCGGGACUAUUGUGGUUAUCUUUCUUAUUUGGGCCCUCGUGACAUCACCUUUGUUAGUCAUGGGGGGGAUCGCGGGAAAGAAUAGCAAGGCAGAGUUUCAAGCUCCAUGUCGAACGGCAAAAUACCCUCGAGAGAUCCCAACCUUACCUUGGUACCGUGGAACUUUGCCUCAGAUGGCAAUGGCUGGAUUCUUGCCUUUCAGCGCCAUAUACAUAGAACUUUACUACAUAUUUGCUAGUGUAUGGGGCCAUAGGAUCUAUACCAUUUACAGCAUCUUAUUUAUAGUCUUCAUCAUCCUCUUGAUUGUUACUGCUUUUAUUACUGUGGCAUUGACAUAUUUCCAGCUUGCCGCUGAAGACCAUGAAUGGUGGUGGAGGUCGUUCCUUUGCGGUGGAUCAACUGGGUUGUUCAUCUAUGCCUACUGUUUGUAUUACUAUUAUGCACGAUCAGAUAUGUCGGGCUUCAUGCAGACCUCAUUCUUUUUCGGAUACAUGGCUUGCAUUUGCUAUGGUUUCUUUCUCAUGCUCGGCGCAGUUGGUUUCCGAGCGGCACUCUUUUUUGUCCGUCACAUAUACCGCUCGAUUAAGUGCGAGUAG